AUGGCUCACGGCCGCCAUGAUCCUCUCCAGCUCUAUUCUGCCGUGUUCGAUUCACAAGAAACAAAAUCCCGAUUUGCGGUUCCCAUCAACCGCGGCAUCUCCGGGUACGUUGCCACGAGCGGGAAGAUCAUGAACAUCAAGGAUGUCUAUGACGACCCGCGAUUCAACAACGCAAUCGACAUCAAGACGGGAUAUCGCACAAAGAGCAUGCUCUGCGUGCCAAUCUGCGGGCCCGAGAACCAAAAAGUCAUCGGCGUCACCACUCUCAUCAACAAGCUGGAAAUGCCUUACUUUACGGUGGAGGAUGAAGAGGUGUUCAUGGCCUUCUCGGUGUUUUGCGGCCUUGCGAUCCACAAGAGUUUGCUCAUGAGCUCCCUCAAGAACCACCGCAACAUGCUGAGCGUCACGAUGGAGCUGAUGUCCUACCACGUCACUUCCAAGCCAGAGGAGGUGCACGCCUUUCAAGCGUCGAUGGAGCGCCAAGGAGUGCAGAUGCAGUUCGAUGAUCUGGCCUCGCCGCUCUUUGAUGCGCACGACUACCACCUCAACGAUGCCCUCGUCUACAUCAUGCUGCAGAUGUUCAAGGACCUAGGAUACCCGCAAAAGUACGAAAUCUCGGACCAGAAGCUGCUGACGUAUGCGCUGACCAUCCGUCGCAACUACCGCGACAAUGCGUACCACAACUUUACCCAUGCCGUUGCCGUGUCGCAUGCGAUCUACUACUUGGCCAAGACAGGGAUCUCCAGAAAGUACCUCGAGGAAAUCGAAGAGUUUUCGAUGUUGCUGGCGGCCUUCAACCACGACAUUGACCACCGCGGCACCAACAAUGCCUUCCAGAAGUCGGCGCAUACUGCCUUGGCCGACUUUUACUCGACCUCGACGAUGGAGCGUCAUCACUUCAACCACGCCAUGACGAUUCUCAACACACCGCACCACAACAUCUUUGAGCGGCUCAGCCCCAACGAAUAUCAGCGCUGUCUCAAGACCUUUGAGCAUGGCAUCCUCGCGACUGAUUUGGCACUGUACUUCAAGAACCGAAAGCCGACCGAGGCACUCGAGGGUUGCUACAACAAAGCCGACUCUCAGCACCGCGAGCUCCUCCGGGGGCUCAUAAUGACCUGCUCAGACCUAUCGUCAAUGACAAAGCGGUGGGAGGGCUCCCAGCACACGGCAGACCAAGUAUACUCGGAGUUCUUUGAACAGGGCGACAAAGAGCGUGCCCUGGGGCUACCGUUCUCAUCACCGCUGAUGGACCGCAGCAACACGAGCAAGAUUCCCAAGAUGCAGUUCGAGUUUUAUGGUGCCAUAGUCGCCCCGGCCUUUGCGCUGCUGGCGAAACUGGUGCCGGAGGUCCAGCCGCUGUACGACUCUGUCUUGGCGAACCAGAGCCGAUGGAAGGUGCUGAUGGACAGCAACGUUCCCUACGAGAUCCACCAGCCAUCACACUGA